AGGGUCCCGAAGCCGCGUGCGGUGCGCGCAGGCCGGGUGGGCUGUGGGACAAGCCAAGCGGGAGGCGGGUCGCGAGCGCCAACCCAAAGUUUGCACGGUGCGGGGCGAGGGGCGCGCGCUCCGGGCUGCCGCAGGUGGCGGCGCGGUGAGCCCGGGCCAGGUGCCCCGGCAGCGGGGCGGCGCUAUCGUGCGGGACAGCCGGGCUGCCAGGGGCUCGGAGCCGGGUCGGAGCCCGCGAGGGGGCGGGGAGUGUGGCGAGAAAUGGGGAACAAUGCGAGUGAGCAACUUGAGGAAGUCAUUGUGAAAGAAAGCUGGGAAUUGCUCCGCAGCCAACUUAGCAGGGCACUCUAACAAGUGCCUGCGCGGCCGCGCCCGGGCGGGGGACAGCGGCAGCCCGGCGCAGUACAGCCCAUCCUGGGACGCUCGGCCGCGGCUGCCGGAGACCUGGUAGGUCCCGCGGGGUGCAGGAGCCCCCAGAUCCCCGGCUGCUCUUCGCGCCCCAGGAUCAUUCUUGGCCCCCAAAGCGCGGCGCACAAAUCCACAUAACCUGAAGACAAUGGAUGUCGAUGAGGGUCAAGACAUGUCCCAAGUUUCAGGAAAGGAGAGCCCCCCAGUCAGUGACACUCCAGAUGAAGGGGAUGAGCCCAUGCCUGUCCCUGAGGACCUGUCCACUACCUCUGGAGCACAGCAGAACUCCAAGAGUGAUCGAGGCAUGGCCAGUAAUGUUAAAGUAGAGUCUCAGAGUGAUGAAGAGAAUGGGCGUGCCUGUGAAAUGAAUGGGGAAGAAUGUGCAGAGGAUUUACGAAUGCUUGAUGCCUCGGGAGAGAAAAUGAAUGGCUCCCACAGGGACCAAGGCAGCUCGGCUUUGUCAGGAGUUGGAGGCAUUCGACUUCCUAACGGAAAACUAAAGUGUGAUAUCUGUGGGAUCGUUUGCAUCGGGCCCAAUGUGCUCAUGGUUCACAAAAGAAGUCAUACUGGUGAACGGCCUUUCCAGUGCAACCAGUGUGGGGCCUCCUUUACCCAGAAAGGCAACCUCCUGCGGCACAUCAAGCUGCACUCGGGUGAGAAGCCCUUCAAAUGCCAUCUUUGCAACUAUGCCUGCCGCCGGAGGGACGCCCUCACCGGCCACCUGAGGACGCACUCCGUUGGUAAGCCUCACAAAUGUGGAUAUUGUGGCCGGAGCUAUAAACAGCGAAGCUCUUUAGAGGAGCAUAAAGAGCGAUGCCACAACUACUUGGAAAGCAUGGGCCUUCCGGGCAUGUACCCAGUCAUUAAGGAAGAAACUAACCACAACGAGAUGGCAGAAGACCUGUGCAAGAUAGGAGCAGAGAGGUCCCUUGUCCUGGACAGGCUGGCAAGCAAUGUCGCCAAACGUAAGAGCUCUAUGCCUCAGAAAUUUCUUGGAGACAAGUGCCUGUCAGACAUGCCUUAUGACAGUGCCAACUAUGAGAAAGAGGAUAUGAUGACAUCCCACGUGAUGGACCAGGCCAUCAACAAUGCCAUCAACUACCUGGGGGCUGAGUCCCUGCGCCCAUUGGUGCAGACACCCCCCGGUAGCUCCGAGGUGGUGCCAGUCAUCAGCUCCAUGUACCAGCUGCACAAGCCCCCCUCAGAUGGCCCCCCACGGUCCAACCAUUCAGCACAGGACAACGCCGUGGAGAACUUGCUGCUGCUGUCCAAGGCCAAGUCUGUGUCAUCGGAACGGGAGGCCUCCCCGAGCAACAGCUGCCAAGACUCCACAGAUACAGAGAGCAACGCGGAGGAACAGCGCAGCGGCCUUAUCUACCUAACCAACCACAUCAACCCGCAUGCACGCAAUGGGCUGGCUCUCAAGGAGGAGCAGCGCGCCUACGAGGUGCUGAGGGCGGCCUCAGAGAACUCGCAGGAUGCCUUCCGUGUGGUCAGCACGAGUGGCGAGCAGCUGAAGGUGUACAAGUGCGAACACUGCCGCGUGCUCUUCCUGGAUCACGUCAUGUAUACCAUUCACAUGGGCUGCCAUGGCUUUCGGGAUCCCUUUGAGUGUAACAUGUGUGGUUAUCACAGCCAGGACAGGUACGAGUUCUCAUCCCAUAUCACGCGGGGGGAGCAUCGCUACCACCUGAGCUAAACCCAUCCAGGCCCCACUGAAGCACAAAGAUAGCUGGUUAUGCCUCCUUCCCGGCAGCUGGACCCACAGCGGACAAUGUUGGGAGUGGAUUUGCAGGCAGCAUUUGUUAUUUUAUGUUGGUUGUUUGGCAUUUGAUUUGCGUUGGAAGAUAAGUUUUUAAUGUUAGUGCCAGGAUUGCAUUGCAUCAGGAACAUUCACAACAUCCAUCCCUCUAGCCAGUUUUGUUCACUGAUAGCUGAGAUUUCCCUGAUAUGUGGCUUCCUAACACUCUCCCCACCCACCCCACCUACCCCACCCACCCCACCCCCCCAAAACAGAGCCUGAAUCUUCAAGAAGUGAAUAAAACAAUUAUCCAAGAAGGAGUAAGGUGGAUCUUGCCCUAAGCAGAGUUUAUGCCACAAAGAUUCUCCAAAUCCUCCAAGACAGCACAGCCACUGGGGUUGAGCCAUCUCAGGGAGCUCUGCAGGUGAGCCAGAGGACCAGAUAUAAGGCAGCUGGGGAGGAACAGGGACAUCAGCCUGUGCAGAGACCAAGGCCAAAGGUUGAACUUUGAAAGACUAUUAAGUCAUAUAUUGUAUGGCAAUAUGGUGUCUGGACAAGUUGUGCAAUGUGCUGAAGGGAAGGGAUUGGAGAGCCUCGAAGACUCUUCUUCAUUUGCCUGAUCAACCCGGCCUCCAGAGGGUCUGUUGCCCAGUAAGACGAGCUCAGUGCUCUUGUGAUCAUUUCUCUCUUAUCGUUUCCAUGCCAUUGAUGGCCCUGAAGCUCAUCACUGCAUUUUAGAACCCAAUCCUGAAAUUGAGACCUUAUUCUAAACUUCUGAUACUGUAAAACUUCUUGGAAGCCAAAGCUUUCUUCCAAGCCCCAUCCUCAGUUAUCCUGGUUCCUGUGCUUCCCUGAGCUGAUAGUACCAGGACCUGUUAUUCCACAAAAGCACAAGGCAUCCUUCACUUCAAUUGAAUCCCUGUUCUGAUUAUAGAUAUGGACUUGGCUAUCUUGAUAAAUGUCUUUCUCUAUGUUAUUUUGUCUGAAAAACCUAUAAAACCAUUAUUAAGAAUGACCAUUUUUAGAUGGAAGAAAUGAGCCCAGCAUCUCUGUGGCUAAAACACAAAAUAUCCACGCUUUUAAACAAAAUUGUUAACUAUUCCGAAGCUCUCUCGUAUAAACACCAAGUAGCAUGUGUUUUCACAUAAAUAAGACAGGGGCCAUGCAACCUUUACCAAGUAGAGGUAUUAGAAUGGUGUAAUGUUUGGAGACACAGGGUGACCAGUACAGGUUCCCAGAGAGGUAUGCCCACCAUAUCACAGAAAGGUAGAGGUGGGAUCUGGUAUAGCCAGACCAAGACAGGGAUGUCACGCUGAAGCCACGUCAGUUAGCUGAAGAUUCCCAACAGAAAGGCCUCUCUUAAGAGUCAGUAUUAGGGUUGUUACCAUCCACCACCUCAACAAAACAAAAAGCUUAUAACUGUAAACGUUUACAGCACUGUCUUCACAGAAACUUCCUGAGGUGAUUCCAAAGAACUAGAGGGGAGAUGGUCUAUGAACAGCUCUUGAGCUAAACGGAGUUCUUAGUCUCAGCUCUCAGGAGGGCUUGAUCAUUACUGGUAGGGAUUGUUCUGUGAAUUGCUUACUACUACCCCUGGUCCCUCCCCAGUAGAUGCCAGGAACAUUCUAGCUGAUACCUAAACUGUCUUCCCAGGUGUUCAUGGGAGCAAACCACUGAUCUAAACUCUUAACUCUGAAGUAUGCAGGAUUUCUAAAAAUAAAAAGCACUUGAAGCCUUUCCCAGUAGGCAGCCUCGGGCUGUACUUGUGUCUUUGGAAUGCUGAUGAAUUCUAUAGAUCAGCAUUGCAAACACACUUCAAAUACUUCUGAGUUCAAGUGCAGGGACAGAGUUCACAAAGGUGUGAACUGUGUUCAAAAAGUUCAAAAGUGUGUGUUUGUUUCUAAAACAGUAUGGCAUCUUUUUCAUUUGCUUCUAAAACAGUGUAGCAUUUUGAAAGUGAAAGUAAAAUUGCAAAUAUAAGGAUUUACACUGAAGAGCGGAAAAUUUGAGGAACUAUAGCUGUGAAAAGAUUUUGUUCAAUAUACAGGUCAAAAGGCAGACUAGCCUUACCCAAAUUCAUAUAUUUCAGGUGUCAACCUCCCAAGCCUACAGUUAGCAGGCAGCUCUUGCUCACUCGUCCUUAGCCAUGAGAGCCAUUAAAUGUGGUCCAAGGAAGAUGGCUCCAAACCCUACUCCCGCCCCACCACUGGUAUUCAGAGAUUAAAGCAGAAUUGUAAAUAGUGGCUUCAUGAGCUCUUUUUUAGAAUGCUUUGCCCCUUCGUCUCACUGCCUUUUUUAGCCAAUAUAAACGUCAAUUUGCACACCUUUUGUUGUGGUUUUAUAUUGUAACAGCAUUUUUUUGAAACUAUUGUAUUUAAGAUAAGGUUUCAUAUUAUGUCCACAAGUAAUUAAAUUAUGUUUGAAGGUGGCUAUAUGCUGUAUCAGAAGUUGAUGAUGUUUUUCUUUAGCUGGUAAAGGAGGGUUUUGCAUGACCUCACUGUUUGUUCUGUGCUUUGUUCUGUUGUAUGAUGUGUGUCUUGAGUAUUGCUGUGUGAUGAAGCGUGCUGAGAGUCCAUUGCCCUCAAGUUGUCUUUCAAGUAGCUAUCAGAGGCAAGAGGGUUCCUAAGAGCAGGUCGACAGCUGUUGGCGACAGCUGGCAAUCACCAUUUCUCAUUCCUUCUUCUCCCUGUUACCCCAGCUUCCUGUCCCAGGUCCCUUCUGUGAUUCUUACCUUAGUGUGCGUGUGUGUCUGUCCUGGUGAGAGUCAGGAGCAUUGCUCUGUUAUCAUUACAUUAUCACCAAGGGCACGCACGGCCUAGCACCUGUUGCUUCAGAUACCAUCACACUGUUUCCAAUUUAGAUACAACCACAUAAUAAAAUGUUAGCGUCUUCAAUGGGAAGCAGAGGUGCUUGUUAUAAAGAUGGGGGCUUAUGCUUGUGUCACAUUUUGUGUUCUUUUAUUCUUUUGUUUGGUUUUGACUGAAUUGUGACCCUUGUAACAACAUCUUGCCAAAAAAAAAAUUGAACUGGAUUUAUGUAGACAUGUCAAGACAUACUAUCUAUUUCUCUGUCAGUUAUAGCAAUAAGAGUGGAUAAACUCUAAAAUCCAGAUCUCCCACAAUGAACAUCCAUGUUCUUUCUAUGAUUUUUCUUUCUUUAUGGUGAGCCACAAUUAGACUUGAGAUGUACAGCCAUCCAAAACCAGGAGGCUCAUGUGCAUCUGGUGCUAUGGCACUCACUGUGAAUAAGUGUGACCAGAUAUUAAUAUGCAAUAUUGUUUCCAAUCCUUUCUAAUACAUUUUUU